CCUAUGGUGGCAAUAGCAAACCAAGUGAAUUGGCAGAGUGUUCAUCAAGAUGUCAAGCCUGCAUUUGUCAAUGGCAAACUUGAGGGGGAAGUAUAUGUUGAACAAUCACAAGGUUUCAAAGUGAAAGUUGCAGAAGAUAAAAUACUUAAGCAACAGGAAGAGUUUGAGUUGAUGGUUGAUAAUAAAUCAGCCACUGAAGAUUGA